AUGUCACCAACACUCAAACAAGAUACGACGGCCACCACUGUCGAUGAUCAAUCCAUCUCCACCGAUUCCGCAGCAACAUCAAGAGGUUACGAAAUGGGCUCUAGAGGAUCACACAACAUUGCCAAGGGAGGUGCUCAUCCGUUCCCUAUCCCUAAAUUUGCCAAUAAAAAGGAGGAAAGAAAAUGGGCUUUACAACACAUGGCCGCUGCUUUCAGAGUAUUUGCCAGAAAAGGUUAUACCGAAGGAACUGCAGGACACAUUUCAAUUCGUGAUCCAAUUAACCCCGAUACAUUUUGGAUCAAUCCAUUGGGCAAACAUUUUGGAUUAAUGAAAGCUAGUGAUAUGGUUCAUGUAGAUGAGGAUGGUAAUUUGUUACCCGAUGGUAACCAAAUUGCUUUAAAUGCUGCUGGUUUUGCUAUUCAUUCAGCGAUUCACAAAUUACGUCCCGAUGUCAAUGCUGCUUGUCAUACCCACUCAGUAUAUGGCAAGGCAUUUGGAGCAUUGGGCAAGAAAUUGGACAUGAUUAAUCAGGAUGUCUGCACAUUCUACAACAGCCAUGCUAUUUUUACUGAUUUUGGAGGCGUGGCUUUAGAAGCUGAAGAAGGUAGAAAAAUUGCUGCUGCUUUGGGUAAUGGCAAGGGAAUAAUCUUACAAAACCAUGGUUUAUUGACUGUGGGAUCUACUGUUGAUGAGGCGGCUUAUUUAUUUACAUUGAUGGAGAAAUCAUGUCAGAUUCAAUUAGCGGCACAACUGGCUUUGUUGCCUGGUGAAUCUUUAAAGUUGAUUGGCGAUGAAGAAGCUGCUUAUUGUGAGCACCAUGAUGGUGAUCCUGAAACUUUAUAUACUGAGUUUCAACCUGAAUAUGAGAUGGAGUUGCACUUGGAUGAUGGUUUCUUAAAAUAA